GUUAAAACGAGGUUGAUGGGAAUUCAUCUAAAAAUAUUGGCGGCAAAAAAUAAAAUUUUGGUUUUUUAGAGAAUUUCAGUUCAGAGAGAAGCCAAACGAAGGAAGGCCAAUGAACAAUGCAAGAAAGAUCCCUGCAGGGAGAAGUCCAUUACAUCAAACUCUGACACCUUAUGCAAAUAGAAGAAAGAGUGCAGGAAGUACCGGCUGCUUUGCACCUUUCAGAGCCCCUACACCAAAAAAAGGGACACCAAAGAAAAACAAAGUUGCUUUAGCAAAGGAAGUGAUUAUGCUGAAGGAGAAAAAUGAUUUUCUUGACAAAGAACUAGAAGAACUUGAAAAGCAGUAUACAGAGGAGGAAUUGGAUGUGCAUAUAGAAAAACUCCAUGAAUACAAUGACAUCAAAGAUAUUGGACAAAUGUUACUUGGGCGUCUGGCUGAAGUUGAACACACAACAACAAAAGAACUCUAUGCAAGAUAUGGUCUUGAGCUGAAUGACUAAAGAGGCAUGAGUAAUAUUGCUGAUUCUGUAUAUAUUAUGCUAUCAUUCUAAGUUAUAUUAAACCUCAUGCUAAAUGAAAACAAUGAACAAUUUUCAGUCCAAACCUUGCUAAUACUAUUACCAACCUGAAAAACAUUCUUAUGCAAGAGGAGGAAAACCUGCUAAAUAUGCCCAGAAGCCACAAUAUGUGCUUGGUUCCAAUUUAAGUCUUUGCUCUUAUGUCUUGUACUCCUUAUUAAAAUUCCAUACAGAAUGUCAUGUUCAGUGCUAAAUUUUUUUAACUAAUGUUGAGUUACAACAAUUUUUUCAACAUUUUUUCUAUGCUUCAUAAGUUAGUUAUAGUUUGAAUGCCUGAUUUAUUCAUUUAAAUAGUUCAUUCACUCAAUCAUUCUCAAACGACUGAAAAAACUUCAAAAAAUUUCUCUCAACCACUAUGUCAAGGAUUGCUUAAUGAUGUUGUGAAUUUUGACAAGGCUUCAUUGUUUAUCAACUGUACAAAUUUAAAAUAUUAGAAUUGAUUUGUUCAAAGUUAGUUGUGAUUUAAUUUUCCAAUCAGAUUAUGUUACAAUAAUGUUAUAAUUCUUAUUGAAUAAUAUAUUGGCAUCAUAUCUGUGAAUUUACAUCUUACUUCAAAUGUUGCUGCAUCUCUCAACAAAUUGCGAUGCAGUUAUUCUUUAUUUACUUUUCAAAACUAUCUUGCAAACUUGCAGCAUCUGGCAGUACCGAAAACUGGAGACUAGUUCCCUUGAAAAUUUUACGAGUUGUGUAAAAAAAUGAUGACUAAAACAAAAAUUUUGUGCCAGCCCAUCUUCAUACAUAAAUUAUUUUUAGCCAUUUUGUUAAAUAAUUGUUUUAUUUGAAGCCUCUUCGAACAUCUAAAGCCUGUUUUUGUUUGCUUAUAUUUUGUGCUUGUACACACAUUUAUCAAGCAGCAAAAAGUUUGAAAGUGGUGCCUUGAUUACCAUGAAGGUUAUUCAAGCGAAAAUACAUGAAAUGAAAAUUAAGUUUACAACUGGGCAAAUAUAUAAAAAUAUAGUCCUUUAAAAACUUUGAAUUACUUAGUUGAAAUCCAUACAACGGGAAUUCAUAAUAAGAACUUUGCAUUAGAUGUUAGCAAACUAUUCAAUGCAAUUUUGUGUAUUGAAGAAAACUUAAUAUCAUAUAUCAGGUUUCAAAAAAGCAAAAAGUUUUAGCAACAAUGUCGCAGGAAUUUUCAAUUUAAAAAGUAAAAUACCAUUAAU